GACACUUCCUGUACGGGGGGGGGAGGGGAGUUGGACAGCCGCAACCCGGCCGGGGGGCCAGUCGGUGGGGUCUCGAGCGGGGAGCGGUGUCUGGGGGUGGUGAGGCGAGUCGUAAAGCCCCUCAUCUCCGAGGCCACGACGUGUAGGGCCCCGUGAGGGCCACAGGGCAAACCGAGACCUUGGAAGGGGGGCGGGGCCGCGGGUAGGGGAGGGGCUCGGCUGGCCGGAGAGGCCCAGGGUCAAGACGUCCGGCCUCACGGGCCGGAGCUGGGAAACCGCGUCCCCUUGGUGGUGCUGAGCGGGAGGUAGCGAGGGCCUGGAUCUCAGGGCACUCGUGCCAGGUCGCAGGAUCGUCCACCAUCUCCGCCUCCGCUGCACUGGAAACCUGCGGGGAUGGAGCGGGAGGCAUCGCCGUGGGUCCUGGAGUCCCAGGAUAUGCAAAGUCCUGACGAAAUGGGAAGCCCUGAAAGGUCCCUCAAAGGCAACGUGAGUGAGAAUGAGGAAGAGGAAAUUUCCCAGCAAGAAGGCACUGGGGACUAUGAAGUUGAAGAGAUACCAUUUGGACUUGAACCCCAAAGCCCUGGGUUUGAGCCACAAAGCCCAGAGUUUGAACCCCAAAGCCCCAGGUUUGAGCCUGAAAGUCCGGGGUUUGAGUCACAAAGCCCUGGGCUUGUGCCCCCAAGCCCUGAGUUUGCACCCAGAAGCCCUGAUUCAGAUUCUCAGAGCCCUGAGUUUGAAUCCCAGAGUCCUAGGUAUGAACCCCAAAGCCCUGGCUAUGAACCCAAGAGCCCUGGAUAUGAACCUCGGAGCCCUGGGUAUGAUCCCAAGAGCCCUGGAUAUGAAUCUCAGAGCUCCAGGUACGAAUCCCAGAGCCCAGGGUUUGAAUCCCAGAAUCCUGAGUUCAAAACCCAAAGCUCUGAAUUUGAAGCUCAAAGUUCCAAAUUCCAGGAAGGUGCAGAAAUGCUUCUGAAUCCUGAGGAAAAGAAUUCCUUGACCAUCCCCUUAGGAGUUCACCCCCUGGACUCCUUCACUCAGGAGUUUGGGGAGCAGCCCACAGGGGGCUUGCCCAUAGGCCCACCUUUUGAGAUGCCUACAGGAGCCUUACUGGCUACACCCCAGUUUGAGAUGCUUCAGAAUCCCCUGGGUCUGACAGGAGCCCUUCGGGGUCCAGGCCGAAGGGGUGGCCGGGCCAGGGGUGGGCAGGGCCCUCGGCCUAACAUUUGCGGUAUCUGUGGGAAGAGCUUUGGGCGAGGCUCCACCCUGAUCCAGCACCAGCGCAUCCAUACGGGUGAGAAACCCUAUAAAUGUGAGGUCUGUAGCAAGGCCUUCUCCCAGAGCUCUGACCUCAUCAAACACCAGCGCACACACACCGGUGAGCGGCCCUACAAAUGUCCCCGCUGUGGCAAGGCCUUUGCUGACAGCUCUUACCUGCUUCGCCACCAGCGCACCCACUCUGGCCAGAAGCCCUACAAGUGCCCACACUGUGGCAAGGCCUUCGGGGACAGCUCCUACCUCCUGCGGCACCAGCGCACCCACAGCCAUGAGCGGCCCUACAGCUGCACUGAGUGCGGCAAAUGCUACAGCCAGAACUCGUCCCUUCGCAGCCAUCAGAGGGUGCACACUGGCCAAAGGCCUUUCAGUUGUGGCAUCUGCGGCAAGAGCUUCUCCCAGCGGUCAGCACUUAUUCCGCACGCCCGCAGCCAUGCCCGUGAGAAGCCCUUCAAGUGCCCUGAGUGUGGCAAGCGCUUUGGCCAGAGCUCUGUGCUGGCCAUCCAUGCACGCACCCAUCUGCCAGGCCGUACCUACAGCUGCCCUGACUGUGGCAAGACCUUCAAUCGCUCCUCCACGCUGAUUCAGCACCAGCGCUCCCACACAGGUGAACGGCCUUACAGGUGUGCCGUAUGUGGCAAGGGCUUCUGCCGCUCUUCCACGCUGCUGCAGCAUCACCGUGUCCACAGUGGUGAGCGACCCUACAAGUGUGAUGACUGUGGAAAGGCCUUCUCGCAGAGUUCUGACCUCAUCCGCCACCAGCGGACCCAUGCAGCCGGCCGGCGCUGACCUGGGGCCCCAGCAUGGGUGGGAGGUGCAGGCAGAAGAGAAGGGGACAGGGAGCUAGGGAAACCUUUACAGAGGAUAGGGAAGAGCUGGAGGAGAAUGGAAGUUUGAAGAUUCUGGGAAAAGAGGGCCAGAGUGGAAGAAGUGACAUGCCCUGGAGACUUAUGGGAAAUGAGCUAUGAAGUGGGGUUGGAGGGAAGCCAGACAGGCACAGGAGGCUCUGAGAGAUCCAGAGAGAGGUCAGCAGAGAGCUGGCAGCAUGCUCCUUCGUGGGUGGGUGCCUGGCCUGCUAGAGCGGGUGGGGGUGGGUGGGAGAGGGAGGGUUACUUAGAGUGGGGUAGCUUAGACUGGUAGCUGCUGAGACCCUCAUGUGAGUCAGGAGUGGGUAAGAGGGUAGGUGGGGUGGGGAGUGGGACUCUAGGGUAGGCCUGUGCCUUUGGGUGCACGCCCCAGCUUCCUGUGUUUUUCUCAGGCUUUGGAGCCCCUGAGUUUGAGUUCAAUAAAAGCCUUUAUGUGAUAA